AUGCGAAAGGCCGAGGUGCAAAUGACCCUGAAGAAGGGUGCGGAAGCUGGGUCUGGCGGAAUUGCACCUCCAAGCCCACGGAUACCCUCCAAACGGGCUAAAGUCAACCCUGAUCAGUUGGUACCUGACCCAAGCUCCGUCUAUCCCACUCCAACACCACCCGUGUUCAUCCGAAAAAUGAGGAAUGCUGCCGUAGGUACGGGUUGUGACAUCCGUCUGAAAGUAGCCGUGGCAGGAGAUCCACAGCCCUCGCUCUACUGGUACCACAACGAUGACCUUCUUAGCAUGGAUAACCAGGAGUAUGGAGGACUAUGGAUACGUGACUGCAAGCCCACUGAUGCGGGCCUUUACACCUGUAUUGCUACGAACUACUUGGGAGAAGCCAGGAGCAGUGCCGUCCUUGCCGUCUUGGAUCUGGGAGAAGACUCUGAAACCACCGAGGACGAAGCAGCCGAGCCUCAGAUGGAGACUAAAGACGGAGGCAGAGGCGAUCCAGAUGAGACCUCCCAGCGGGUCCCUGCAGGUGAGCGGAUGAUGGAUGUGGCAUCAGGUGCGAGUGGUCACGGUGAAAACACAGUGGUGGAGAGAGAGAUGCAGUCCCUGGGAUCAAGAGCAGCGGGGCCACAGGCCGCCAGGAGCCAAUCUGAGGAAGUUUUGAGGGAAUCUCCCCCACAAGUUCUCCUUCCCCCUUCCCCUAAAAUAAUCCGUUCAUCCACUUCUCCCAUGCUUGGCCGGUCUGGUUCAGGACCCCCCACACCCCUGACCCCACGCAAGAAAGCCGUUGUGCCAAGUGAAUACCAGGACACAGUACCAGGAGAGUUCGAGGAGAAGAUUAAGCAACCCAAGUCUUCAGCCAUGUCCCAGAGCAGUGCACAGGACUCUCGACCCCAGACCCCUGUCAGUGAUUAUUCCCGGAAGGACUUGACCCCCCGUCCGUCUCCUAAACUAACACGGCCGAGCUCCAAGAUCUUUGAAAGAGUGAGAGUUUUUGAGGAGCGCAGAAGAAGCAUAGACAAUCCUGAGGGGUCAAUCUCAGGGCGCUCUUGGGCUGGGUUUAACAGAGCUCCUUCCAUUGACUCUGAUGAUGGAGGAAGUCGUUUAGGAAUCUCAAGAGAAAGUUCCAAGGAGGACCUCCAUGAAGCUUUAAAGGCAGAUGCAGAGCAGAGAAGGUCUGUGUUCAGGCAGAGAGCUGCUUCUUUGGAAGACAGACCUCGGUACUCCCAGAAAGUGCAAGACAUUGAGCACAGGUUUACUGAGGAGCUCCAGAGAAUCAAGAAGCUUGUGGGGAAGCCACAUAUGAAAAAGUCCUUCUCUACUGAACAGCUAUCCACUUUUCACAGGGGCAGGCAGCCCACAAGAAAACUUGAGCCCAUUCCACCCCAGGUGAUUCAAAAGCUACAGGACCGGGAGCGUGCUCAGCAGGAACAAGAGAAGAAAACAAAAGAGCAAGCCAAAGACAAAUUACCACAGGUGCAAACACGUCUAGUUCAGCAACAGGAGUCAGUGUUACAGGAACAUGUUGUGCAAGAGCGGUCACCCAUGACAGCUAAAAAAAUUAACCAAAAAGGAGAGGAGCCUUCACCUCCAGAAGGUAUGUCACCAUCUGAGUUACCCGGACAAAGGUCACCAAGGAUCAUGCGUGGGCCUAGUCCAGUUGCGGAGAAACUUAGGCGAUCACCAAUUCUGGAAAUCUCUUCUAAGACUGAUGAGCACCCACGUUCACCUUGCAGAACAAGAGCAGAGUCACCAUCCAGAAAUGUCCUGGAGAUGACAUUACGCAAGGUAGAACCAAGACCUGCAAGCCCACUUGUCAAGAGAGUAGGUCAUGCCCAGGAAGUUACUCCAGUCCACAUAGAGGAUGAAACUGUACAUAGAAAAACACCCAUAGAGAUCACUCUGAGAAAGUUGGACAGAAGACCUGAAAGUCCUCUUGUGCAGAGUGAAAUCAGUGCAGUACAGGAGUGUUCUGUCCAGGCACCACCUCAUAAACCUCCAAGGGUUUCACUCACCUCCACUAAAGAAGAAAAAAUGGAGAUAGAUGUGACUCCUCUAGCACCAGCCCUAAAGCUCAAUAUCCCACAGAUUAUUGUUGAAGAAGAGCCAAUGGAGACAGAAGCAUCUGUACCUGCUCAGAUAAAAACAAGCAAAAAUACCACUUCCAAAGAGGAGAAACCUCAGCGAGUGAGAGGGAGGGGACGUAAACAAAGACCCAUGUCUCCUGAAUUAGAAUCUUCUGAUGACUCCUACGUGUCAGCAGAAGAAGAUCCUCUAGAGGCCCCACUGUUUGAGGUUCCUCUUCAGGACAUGGUAGCAUCCUCUGGUGCUGAGGUUGUGCUGAAGUGCAUCAUCACUGGCAAUCCUCUCCCUGAAGUUACAUGGAUGCAGCACAAUGUGGAAAUAAAGAACAGUCCCACACACGGGGUGAAGGUGGAGGGAGAGAGGCACUCUCUUCUUAUCAAAUUGUCAAAGCCAAGUGAUGCUGGCACGUAUACCAUAACAGCUACAAAUGAGGUGGGCAAGGCUUCCUGCAGCGCCACCCUGUUUAUCAAACCAGAGCCUAGCCAAGAUGUGAGAGGCAACCUUGGUGUUCCCAUGGACAUCAGUAGCCCCAUCACCUCUGAUGAAGAGUACCUCAGCCCCCUGGAGGAGGCUGUGGAUUUCCUGGGAUCAUCAUACCAUGGUCCUGAGUCGCGAAAGAUCAUAGACACUCGUUUUAAAGAGCCCCCUGCUUUUCAGGCUACAUUAGGAGAUCAGACAGUCAUAGAAGGACAAGAAGUGAUCAUGUCUGUCCGAAUGACUGGCCAGCCCAAACCAAUGCUCUAUUGGCUGAGGGACAGAGUUACAAUAAAAACAGGUCCUCGACACAAUGUCCGCGAGACAGAGGAUGGCAGCUGCGAGAUGAUAAUAAAGUCAGCUGUGAAGUCUGACGCUGGUGUGUACACCUGCAAGAUCAUCAACGAGUACGGCACCAAACAGUGUGAGGGCAAAUUAGAGGUGAAAGCCACUCCUGUAGAAACCGGUCUGGCCAUAGUGCGGCCUCUCAGGGAUGUGACGGUGAAGGCAGGAGAGUCAGUGCUGUUUGAAUGCCAUGUGAUCGGACCACAGGAUGUGGACGUAGACUGGCUGUCAGAUGGGAAGCUCAUCCAGCCAGCGCUUCUUAACUGUAAGAUGCACUUUGACGGAAAGAGGUGCAAACUGCUGCUCAACUCAGUGCAUGAGGACGACAGCGGCACAUACACCUGUAAACUGAGCACAGCCAAAGAGGAACUCACCUCAUGCGCUCAGCUGAAGGUCAUGGCCUCCGUUGAGCCACUGUUUACCCGAAAGCUGGAUGUUUUGGAGGUGAUUGAGGGUCGAAAUGCACGAUUUGAUUGCAAGGUCAGCGGAACGCCACCACCUAGGAUCACCUGGACUCACUUCGACAAUCCAUUGGUAGAAAGCGAAGACAUUCGCAUCCUAAAGGAAGGUGGCCGACACUCAUUGGUUAUCUCCCAUGUGAGCAGUGACGACGAGGGGUUCUACACCGUGGUGGCCAAGAACACACAUGGAGAAGCCGAGUGUUCAGCAGAGCUCUAUGUACAGGAACCCCGGCCCGCCAUGUCAUCGCAGAUGGCAAAGUUAGAGAAGAUGCCAUCCAUUCCUGAGGAACCAGAGGUCCCUGAGAGCGAGGUGGAGCGUUUUACGAUGCCCGACUUUGUGAAGCCACUGUACGACCUGGAUGUUGUCGAGGGUAAAGAGGCCGUGCUGAAGUGCAAAGUAGCCGGCCUGCCCUACCCCACCAUUUCUUGGUUCCACAAUGGCAAGAAGAUUGAAAGCACAGAGGACAGGAAGAUGACGCAGUUCAGAGAUAUCCACAGUCUUGUCAUUCGCUCUGUCUGUCAUGCCCACGGCGGUGUCUACAAGAGCGUUAUUUCCAACAAGGUGGGCAAGGCCACAUGCUAUGCCCAUCUGUAUGUAACAGACGUUCUUCCCGAUCCUCCAGAUGGAGCACCAGUAAUUGAGUCCAUUACUGGCAAGACUGUCACUCUUAGCUGGAAGAAACCCAAACGGCUGGACCCAUCAAUUGAUCCCAGCACUUUGAUGUACGCUGUUCAGCAGCAGGCCUUGGGCUCUAUCCAAUGGACUAUUAUAGCUUCUAGCCUGAAGCAGACCUCCUACACUGUCACCUCACUUUCCAAGGGUAUCCGCUAUGCCUUUAGGAUUCUAUCAAUCACUAGCAAAGCCUUCAGCAAACCAUCUCCGGCUACAGACCCAGUACAGCUCAUAGACAGAGGUCCAUACCUCAAGGAGGCCCCAGUUAUUAUUGAUAAGUCAGACAUAGUAUAUGUGGUGGAGAAUCAGUCAGUCAGCAUUACAGUCACGCUUAACCAUGUCAAUGCGGCUGUCACCUGGAAGAUGAGAGGAGCGACCUUGUCAAACAGAGCCGGGCUGUUUGAAAUGAGCAUGCCUGAUGAUGACCAACACACACUAAAGCUCUGUAAGGUAAAGAGCAGUGAUGUGGGAACACUUUGCUUCACUGCUAGCAAUCCACAUGGGACAGAUUCCUGCCUCCUCACCCUAGAGAUGGCAGUGGCCCCAACUUUUGAGUCUAUUAUGGAGGAUUUGGAUGUAAAUGUUGGGGAGACACCUCGCUUUGCUGUGGUCGUUGAAGGGAAGCCUAUUCCAGACAUCCUCUGGUACAAGAAUGACACCCUUCUAUCAGAGAGUAGCCAUUAUACCUUUGUGUAUGAUGAUAAUGAGUGCUCUCUGGUUGUGGUCAAUACCCAGCCAGAAGAUUCUGGGGUUUACACUUGCACUGCCAAGAACAUCGCUGGAUCUGUUUUCUGCAAGGCUGAGCUCACUGUCCAUGCCACUAAACAGGAAAAGGAUGAUCCAAUGGAGGAUGAGGAGUCUAUCCUGAGGAGGAUGAGACGUCUGACUGAUUACUAUGACGUGCACAAAGAGAUCGGGAGAGGAGCCUUCUCGUAUGUGAAGCGUGUGACACACAAGGCAGGAAAAAGGGAGUAUGCAGCCAAGUUCAUCUCAGCUCGAGCCAAGAGAAAAGCUUCAGCCCUAAGGGAGAUGAACAUCUUGUCUCACCUUGAUCACGAAAGGAUCAUCUACUUCCAUGAUGCCUUUGAGAAGAAGAAUGCUGUCAUCAUCGUUACUGAGUUAUGUCAUGAGGAGCUUCUGGAUAGGGUAACAAAAAAAUCAACAGUGAUGGAGGCAGAGAUUCGCUCCAGCAUAAGACAAGUGUUGGAUGGACUAAACUAUCUUCAUCAAAAUGACAUUCUGCAUUUGGACAUUAAGCCUGACAACAUCCUCAUGGCUGACCCUUCCAGUGAUCAGAUCCGCAUUUGUGAUUUUGGAAAUGCAGUAAAGUUUACACCUGGUGAAGCACAAUAUUGCAAAUAUGGUACUCCAGAAUUCAUUGCCCCAGAGAUUGUUAACCAGACACCAGUCUCCAAGGCAACUGACAUCUGGCCGGUUGGUGUCUUAACCUAUCUGUGUCUAACUGGCGUGUCCCCAUUUGCUGGAGAAAAUGACCGAACCUCCGUCCUUAACAUCAGGAAUUACAACGUGGCUUUCGAGGAGAGCAUGUUUGCUGAUCUCUGCCAUGAAGCAAAAGGAUUUGUCAUCAAGUUACUUGUGGCUAACAGACUGAGGCCAGAUGCUUGUGAAUGUCUUCGUCAUCCUUGGUUCAAGAUACUGAAUAAAGGAAAAAGCAUAAGCACAGACUCCCUCAAAAAAUUCUUGUUGAGAAGAAAAUGGCAGAAGUCUCUUAUUAGCUACAAGUCCAAAAUGGUCAUGAGGUCAAUACCUGCAUUGCUGGAUGACUCUUCAAGCCAUAUUUCCAUAGCUGUUCCACGGCAUUUAAAGGAAGGUUCACCACCACCAUCCUCUUCAUCAGACUCUGAUGAAGACAUAGAUGAGCUGCCAUUUAUACCCAUGCCACUGAAUAUGGAGUUCUCCGGCUCCAGAAUGUCACUGAAUGAGAUUGUUGGGGAUGAUGAGAUAAUAACCAAGACGAAUAGCAAUCUUGAUAGGUCUGGACCAGUUGCUCAAAAGCCAGAGCCCAUGGAGUGUGAGCAAUUAGAUGAAGCUGGUGAUACUGAUGUGCGAGGUAGAGCAAGGAAGAGGGCAACACUUGAUGAUGAAAAAGGUUCCUCUGGCGAAGAACAAGGGGAAUUGUCUGAGAGGGCAGAGCAACCCAAAAGACCCCUUAGACGAGGGUCUAGCAUGGAAUCUGACACUUCUGAGGGAGUUCGUCGCAGAGGUGAACUGCGUAGAGGAAGCUCUGCAGAUAGUGCACUACAACUCCAUAUCAAGCCAGAAGAGGGUACUGAGGAGAGUCCCACAGAAGGUAGAAGAAUCCUUAAAAAGUCUGUUUCUAUGGAACUGCCACGAAGAAGCCCAAGCCCAGGAGCGGCAAAGCUGAGUCAAGAGGAUUAUGCUCUGAAACUGGAGUUGAUGAGACAAAGGCUUCUCAGAGGAGGCUCUGUGGACAACAAGAUGAGUGGCCUUCGUGGCCCCCUGCUGGAGACAUUGGGCAUGGGCAAUGAAAAAUGCUUUUUACGAGGGCCUCAUCUAGGUAACCCUCCGUUAGUUCGAGCAGCAUCCAGUGACUCUCCUCGAGAUGACAUUCCAAAGACCAAAGUGCUCAGAAAGAGUUCUUCCUUCAGCCAGGGUGAUGCUGAGCCUAUGCCCUUACAUCGGAGGAUCGGUGCACCCCUAGAGAUUCCUUUAGCCCAGGUUGAAGAACGGCGUCUGCAGGAAGCUGUGUCCAUGUCUGUUCUUGCGGAGCCAGCAAAGCCAGAUUCACGCCCCAUUACUCCAAAAGCAGUCACUCCUGAACCAAGAAAACAUGAGACAAAUCUAAUGGAAGAAGACAAGGAACCAUCACCUGUCAGGGAAGUUAAGCAUGACGAAAUUCCUAUUAAGCAAACAAACAUUGCUACUGUAGUCAAAGGUGAUGAUCAGACAUGCAGUGAUCGUGCAGAUCAAAAGAAUGAUUUCAGGAUGUUAGAGGAAUCUGUUCUAGAACUUAAGAAAGUGCCGCAAAGUAGGUCAACACCUGUUAUGGUGCCAAGAGUUUUAGUAGAGAAGAUUGAAGAAGAAGAGGAAGGAGAGGAAAAGGAACUAAUAGAAUCUGUAAAAGAAGGGGAACCUUCUGUUACUAAGAUGGAAGUUGAAGAAAUUAAGGAAGAAAUAACACCAAUUACACCCUCAGAGAUCAUAACACCCACUAGUACAAUUGAGGAUUCUCCAGCUGUGGCCCCUCAGAGUGUUGUAUCACAAUAUGUGACACCCAGUCCCCCAGUACUAACUGUACUUCCAGAUGGCAGGACUUCUGCAUAUGCAAGUAUUAUGCAGGCCAUCAUAGUCCCAUCACUUCAACCACCCAGCCAACCCACAAUCAUCCCUACAUCUACAACACCAACUUCUCCAACAGGACCUGUUCCUACAACCAUGUCCAAGCAUGUUGCAGAGCCAAUUGUUGUGUCAACAACACCAUCAUCCAAGUCAGACACUCAGCAAACCACUGAACAUCCUGCAGUUUUCUCCCGAGUUGCAUCAGUAGAACAACCAACAAAGGAACCAAGUCCACCCAAGACUCCCACACUUGCUUCCUCAAAGAGGGAGUCCUCUCCUGGAGGUCAAAUUCAGGAUCUUACCUCUGAAGAGGUCUUUGAAUCUCGGUUCAAGAAACGCGAGUCAUCCCUCACUCGUGGGUUGAAACUUCUUUCAUGGCAAAAGACAGAAGAAAAACCUACCACAGUUGCUCCUGAGGUUACUGAAGAGAUGUAUCGUCCAGGACCAGCUGGUGCGCCAUUAGAAUUUGUACACAGAAAACUGGAAGAGAAAUCCAAAUCUGUUCAGGAUCUGCGUGAAGCAGAAAAAGAUCCAGGUUUUAUGAGAAGACUGUCCAUGCGCCUAAAGAGGUCUCCUUCAACUGAGAGGAAUGAGGAAAAGCCAAAAGAAGAAGAUACCAAUGCCCCAAGGCGUCGUUUAUCAUGGGCUUUGGGUAGGAGAGGGUCACAGGACAAAAAGGAAGUGGAGAUGAUGAGACUGGAUGGAGGACCAGAGGAACCUCCAGAGCCAGAGUCCAAAAAGCCAAGUGAGUCUCCUGUGCUAGCCAUGCGCAGAAAGAUCAGCAACACAGUGGCUGGCAUAUCCAUGAAGAUCAGGAGUCAUUCUGAGGAAAGGAAAGAUGAAAAAGAGAAGACAGAAACCAAAAAGACUCCUUUGUUGUCUAUAUUGCGCCGUUCUACCUCAGAGGGAGGCAGUCUGAAGAGGAUGGGUAUCCCACAGAAUCAGCUAGCUUCCCAGUCUGGUAAUGGGGCCUCCUCUGAGUCUUUGGAUUCCAUGUCCAGCAUACAGUCAGAGUCAGCUGCCAAAAGUGCAGAGACUGAGAGGAGGUCACGAUGGGAUCGAUGGGGCCUAACCAGAGGAAGAAGAGAUAAGACCAUAUCCCAGCCAGACAUACCCACUGCUAUAGCCAGAGAGAACGGCUCGCUCCGCUCUCGCCAGUAUUCCCGGACAGCCUCAGACUUCCCUCCAGUAUUCCAUAUCAAACUGAGGGACCAUGUUUUGCUCGAAGGAGAUCCAGUUACUCUCAGCUGCUUGCCUGCUGGUAGUCCUCACCCACGUAUCACAUGGAUGAAAGAUAAAAAGCAACUGGAGAUUGACCCAAGAAUGAAUGUGAUCUCCUGCCCCGAUGGAAGACAGCUGCUGAUGAUUAUGAAGACCACUAAGAAAGACGCAGGCCUUUAUGAAUGUGUGGCCACAAAUUCAUUAGCCUCUGUUACUAGUUCCUGUAAACUCUCUCUCGCCCGACUACCAAACCAGCCCGGUACACCUGAAGUUCCUCAAAAGUAUCACAACACAGCAUUGGUGGUGUGGCGUCCAUCAGACACCAUGGCCCCUUGUACUUAUUGCCUGGAGCGGAGGACAGAAGGUGAAAGUAACUGGCUGAUUGUAGCCACUGGUGUGGCUGACUGCUACUACAAUGUCACAGACCUUCCAUUUGGCGCCACCUACAGGUUCAGAGUGGCUUGUGUUAAUAAAGCUGGCCAGGGACCUUACAGUAAUCUGUCUGAAAAAGUCACCUUAGAUGCAGCAGCACCUCAAAAAUCUACUGGAACAGUCAUCGUCAAGACUCUUCCAUCAACAUCAGGUCCUGCUGUGGUAACCUCCACCAUGACUGUACCUCCUAUAAAGUUGACUGGUAGUAAAUCUGCCCAAACUGCUUCUAAAACUCCAGCUGAGCCUCCUGCUCCACCUUCUCUCAAACCUGCUCCACCUUCUGCCAGACCUGCUCCACCCUCUGCUAGACCUGCUCCACCUUCUUCCAGACCUGCUCCACCUUCUCCCAGACCUGCCCCACCUUCUUCAAGACCUGACCCAUCUUCUGCCAAACCUGCUCAGACAACCCCCACUCCUGCUACAACAUCUGUGUCAGCCUCCCCCCAUUCUAAUGAACCUAAGGUACCUCAGGUCCAGCCUCCCACCCCCAGCAAAUCUGCUCCCAGCACAUCUGCUCCCAGCACAUCCACCCUGGCCAAAGCCAAGACGACCCUCAAUAUCACAGUGUCCAAACCUACUACUUCUCCAUCUGCUCCCGUCAUCCCUAUGCCAUCCAAACCCUCAGCUCCCAUUGUUCUCCCUAAACCACGGACUCCUAUCAAUGUGGUUCCACCUAUGGCACAGACUCCUCCAGUAUCCCCACCCCCAUUAGUUUCUCCUCCACCCAGCGUUGGUAAACCCAUUUCCUCAGUACCCAUGUACGUCCCUGCAACCACAACAGCACCUGUGACUCCAGUUACCGCCAAUACUCCCUCUCCGGCCCUGUCUCCACCUAUGGUGUUGGUUACUAGCCUCACUCCUGUCGCUGAGGGAAGUGGUGCUCCAGGCAGGGUCACUCCUAGUGGGAGGGUCACUCCAUCAGGACGUGUUACUCCCACAGGGCGGAAAACUCCACUAAACAAACCAGGAGAGUCUGCCUUACGGCAGGGUGUGCCCCAGAAACCCUAUACCUUCAUGGAGGAGAAGGCCAGAGGCCGCUUUGGUGUUAUCCGAGAGUGCAGAGAAAAUGCCACAGGCAACCUCUUUAUGGCAAAAAUUGUUCCAUAUGAGCCUGAAAGCAAAAAUAAUGUUCUGCAGGAGUAUGAAAUCCUCAAGGCCUUGCAUCAUGACAAGAUUAUGACCCUCCAUGAGGCCUAUGUAACACCACGCUACCUCGUGCUCAUCUCUGAGUGUUGCACAGGCAAAGAGCUCCUCCAUAGCCUAAUUGAUAGGUUCCGUUAUUCUGAAGACGACGUGGUGUCCUAUGUUGUACAAAUCCUGCAUGGUCUGGACUACCUGCAUAACAGGAGAAUCCUGCAUCUAGACAUCAAGCCUGACAACGUUAUAGUCACCUACACAAAUAUGGUCAAGAUUAUUGACUUCGGCAGUGCUCAAACUUUCAACCCACUCUUUCUGAAGCAGUUCAGCCCUCCUAUAGGAACGCUGGAUUACAUGUCUCCCGAGAUGUUGAAAGGAGACGUUGUGGGUCCUCCAGCUGACAUCUGGAGUGUUGGUGUACUGACAUACAUCAUGCUUAGUGGACGUUUGCCAUUCACGGAGAACACGCCAUCAGAGACAGAGGCCAGAAUCCAGGCGGCCAAGUUUGACCUCAGCAAGCUAUACCAAAAUGUAUCCCAAAGUGCCUCUCUGUUCCUUAAGAAGAUUCUGUGCAGCUACCCUUGGGCACGUCCCUCCAUCAAAGACUGCUUCAGCAACUCUUGGUUGCAGGAUGCCUAUUUGAUGCGGCUCCGGCGGCAGACACUCACCUUCACCACCACGCGUCUCAAGGAGUUUGUUAGCCAGCAGCAGCAGAUCAGGGCUCAGAUGGCUACCAAGCACAAAGUACUCCUGCGCUCCUAUUCUGCCCAAACUCCCACCACACCCACCACGCCCACCACACCCACCACUCCUGUCACUCAGUGAGCUCGCCUUGUUUUUCUAUGAAGCAAUGUUACCCAAGGGAAGAGGAUCUCAGAACGAAAGGACAGAGAGGCACGGGCCCGUGAUGGACUGAGACCAUGUUGAGCCCUGGCUAGAUCACAUGAAUGUGUGUGCAUUUGUGUGAACACAUAAGGCCCAGCCACAGUAACACUUUUCAGAAAACGAAUCAAACACUGUCACCCACUGUCUAAUCUGGGAUAAGAAACUCAAGCACAUACCGUACAGAUUAAUACUAGCACACACAAUAGAUUCUAAUGCAUUAAGCUCUUUCCGCUAUGGCCAGCAUGCUCAGCACUGUUGUGUUCAUUGUCCUGCACCUAGCUCCACCCACAAACAACCGUGCCAUACCCAUGUGCUACCUUGCUCUGACCUAUGUUCCUUUUUUUAGUGUUUGAGUAAGAUAAGAUAACAUGAACGUGUACAACAUCAUUUGCUAAACAUAUUGUAAAUGUAAAGUUUUGUGGUGUUUCCAUAUAAUAAUUCUGGGGCCUUGACAAUUGUGGAAAUAAAUAAAAAAAAAACAAUCUGGUAUUUCAGAGUUUUCUGCUAGUUUUUAUGAGAUUGUCAAUUUUAUUACAGGUAGUUGUUAUACUGUAUUUAUCAUUAUUAAUGUAAAGUAGACACAAAGGACAAUUCCAAAGUUUUUCCUAAAGACAGAAAGAAAGACAAAGACAUUUCUGUAUAUUGUACAGUGUUUUAAAAACAAUUUGGCUGUUUAUCUUGAGAAAGAAUUUUAUGUAAGAAGUGGCACAAAAAUACCUACCAUAGGCUUCCACAGGGUAUAAAUGAAUAUAGUCAUCAAUAUAUUUUGUACGACCAUAUAAUAUUGUGAAUAAGAUAUUUAUGAUUAAUAUUUAAAAAUGUAGGUUUAUGCAAUACAUGUGAUAGCUAGUAUAGUGGCUGUACAAAAAGAGACAAAUGUAAUGAGAAAAAAUGUCACAUUUCUAAGUAACAGAGUGUAACAACUUGAAUUCUGAGUGCUGACACUGGAGACUCAUUCCAAAUAAUGUUAAUUUGACCUGAUAUAAAUCUUUUCUUUUUGCAGAUGGAUCUACACCAUUUAUGUUUGUACAGCAAUUGACCAAAAAGUUUCAAAGUUAUAAGGAUAGAAAUGAUAUUUUAUAAGAACAAUACACUUCUUUUUGACAACUAUUGUCAAACCUGUUCUAAUAGACAUUAGAACAUUAAUCAAUUUACCUUCUGACCAAUCAGAGCUUAACAUAAAGUUAUGAUACAAAUCAGGUGCAUCUGCAAAAAAAAAUGAUUUAUUAUAUGUUAAUGUUAGCAUUUUUGGAAUGAGUCUCCAGAGUCAGCUCUUUUUUUGAUACAUUAAUUGUUUCUAUACUAGGACAUGACAUUUUUUCUUAACCACAUUGUCUGCAUAUCCUUGUACAACCCACAUGUGAGGACUGUCAGGUAGAAUUCUUUUGCCAGUUGUCUUCUUGUUUGAAGACAUUAAUUAUGUGUUUAGUUAUCGGGUGCUAUUAAAGAGAAAUAGUGAAAAGGAAGAUGAAAUUUACACAACUCAAGGUCUCAGGAAGUUUAGAUGGAUAUAAUAGAUGGAUUUAUGUAUAACAUAUAGACGACAUCUCCUUGCAUUAGUUCUAUGUUGAAGUUUCCCUCUCUCGCUCUCUUUCACUUUAUAUGCCUUGUGGAAAUCUAUGAAGUCAUUUUUGAAAAUUUUCAGACUUCCAAAAUGAUUUUAAAACAUUGUAAAAGAACUGUGUGUGUGUUAGUGUUUUUUUUUUUUUUUUUUUGAAAAUCACUGGAGUUUUCAUUUAAGUACCAGUGGGCACUCAGUCCUUUCUUACUGUAGUGCCACUUGAUGAUGUUUUACAACUAAUACAGCCUUGAUUUGGGUCCUAAGCAGACUGUGACGUCAGAUAAGUGUUUUUUUUUUUUCCUUUACUUUUUAAGAAGGACAAGUAAUGUUAGAACUGUUUGCAAAAAAAAUUCCCAGGAUUUGGAAGUUACGUAUUUAUUUAUUUAUUUUUUAAUGUAUUGAAAGAUGCAUUGGAUUCAAAGUCUAGAAUGUGUUGAACAUCACAGAUUUUUUAGCUAGUUUUGUGUAUUAACUUUUUUUUUAAUGCACUUUCUUUUUAAUCUGUACACUGGUGGAGUGUAAGCAUGUGAUCAAUUUCUUUCAUAGAAUAAGUAGAAUAAAAAUUCACUACCUGUGGCAGCAA